ACUCAAUUGAACUGGUUCGCAAGCACAUGCCAAAGCCAAUGUUUACAAUUUGAAUUGAAAUGUGCGGCAUUUUUUGUGCAAUUGGACAAAAUAAUGAUGCUAGUUGUCAUUUACAUAGCGCUUUGGAGCAGCUGCUGCACAAUCGUGGGCCGGACGUCCAGGAUAAACUCAUAGUUGACAAUGUGCUGCUAGCCGGCAAUGUGCUAUGGCAACAAGGCGCUGCGCCGCAAAAGCAGCCGCUAGUCGAAAACGAUUUGGUGCUGCUUUUCAAUGGCGAUCUCUACAAUUUGGAUGAAAAGAAAGUGGAGAGCGAGGCGGACAGCGCCUGGCUAAUAAAAGAGCUUAACAAAUGCAACAUGUCGGACGAUGAGCAGCUGCUGGCGCUGCUGCGGCAGCUCGAAGGCCCCUACUGCCUGAUUCUAUACAACAAACGUGAGAAGGUUCUAUACUUUUGCCGCGAUGCCCUGGGCCGCAAUUCGCUAAUCAUUGAACGCCACGCCAACAACUGCCUGAAGCUGAUGAGCACCUCGUGCCCCGUGCUGGAGCACAUGGCCUCAGCUGCCCUGGAGCUGCCACCGCUCGGUCUGUACAAGCUGCCCUUGGCGCAGCUCAACGAGUGUUGCCUGUAUCCCUGGCAAGCGCUGAACGAGCAGACGCAGCAACAGCUCUCCACCUUGGAGACUGCCAUGGACUGGAGCAUGCGGCUGGGGCAGACCAUUGCGCCGUCCUGGCUGCUGGACAAGCCCCUGCAAGUGAGCAGCUUUGAUCUCUAUGCGUUAGCAGCGGGUGACAUCCCAUUGGAGCUGCUCCACGAGCGACUGCUGGGUAAUGAAGCCGUGCAGCAGGCGUUGAACCAACUGGACGAGCUACUCCAACGGUCGGUGGCUGCGCGCGUGCUGCACACAGCGCCCGUUUGCCGGCUAUGCAGUGGCAGUGACAGGAGCGAUGCCAGGUGCUCGCAUGCCAAAGUCUGCAUACUAUUCUCGGGCGGCAUAGACUGCAGCAUUCUAGCCGUACUCGCCGACAAAUAUGUGCCCGCCUCGGAGCCCAUCGAGCUGAUCAAUGUGGCCUUCGAGCGCGUGGCCGCCGCUCCGGAUGAGAGCUGGAAUGUGCCGGAUCGCCAAACAUCGCUGCAAUCGCUGCUCGAGCUGCAGCGCCUCUGCCCGCGGCGCAGCUGGCAGCUGCUGCAGGUGAACGUCAGCCGAGAGCAGCUGCAGCAACAGCUCGCGGCGCACAUCCGGCAGCUCAUCUAUCCGCUGCGAACGGUGCUGGACGAGUCCCUGGGCUGCGCCUUUUGGUUUGCCGCCGCCGCAGCCGACUCGACCGCGCGCGUCGCGCUCCUGGGCAGCGGCGCCGACGAGCUCUUUGGCGGCUACACGAGGCAUCGCAAUGCGUGGCGUCGCGCUGCGCCCAGCGCCGCGGCACGAGAGCUGGCGCUGCGCCAGGAACUAGAGAUGGACUGGCAGCGCAUACCCGCACGCAAUCUGGCGCGCGACGAUCGCAUCAUCGCCGACUGCGGCAAGACGGCGCGAGCGCCCUUCAUCGAGGAGCAUCUGGCGCAGUUCGUGCGCUCGCUGGCGCCGCAGCAGCGCUGCUGCUACGCCCUGCCCGAGGGCGUCGGCGAUAAGCUGCUGCUGCGCCUCUACGGCCAGCGCCUGGGACUGCGCGAUGCGACGCUGCUGAAGAAGCGCGCCAUCCAGUUCGGGUCGCGCAUCGCCGACAAGAAGCAGCAGGCGACGCAGAUCUCCGAGUAUCUGCGAUUCGAUUCACUCCAGUCGAAUGGACUACAGUGAGCUCUCGCUGCAGCUCACGAAAUGGCAUA